GCUCCCCUCAGGGCGGCGUUCGCUGCGCCCCCCCGCGGCGGGAGGCGGCACCGCCGGCCCGCGCUCCCUCAGCCGCCGCGCGCUCCCUCAGCCGCCGCUGCCGCUGCCGGUGCCGCUGCCGCCGCCACGCCGGGCGUCGGGGGCGACGGCCCCUCCUGCGGGCGGGAUGGUGGACCUGGACAGCGAGGUGCCCCCGCUCCCGCCGCGGUACCGCUUUCGGGACUUGCUGCUGGGCGACCAGGGCUGGCAGAGCGACGACAGGGUGCAAGUUGAAUUCUAUAUGAAUGAAAAUACAUUUAAAGAGAGACUAAAGCUCUUCUUCAUCAAAAACCAAAGAUCAAGUCUGAGAAUACGAUUAUUCAAUUUUUCUCUCAAGCUACUAAGCUGUUUCUUAUAUAUAAUUCGUGUGCUCCUGGAUGAUCCUACACAAGGACUUGGAUGUAAGGAAUUAAACUGGAGUUGUUCCAGUCAAAACUACACACCUGGAACUAUUGAUUGGUCUCCUAUUAUUUGGGUGAAUCGAAGCUUGCCUUUAUGGGGAUUACAGGUUUCUGUGGCUUUAAUAAGUCUCCUUGAAACUCUGCUGCUGAGUUAUCUAAGCUACAAGGGAAAUAUCUGGGAACAAAUUCUGAGAAUACCCUUUCUCCUGGAAGUAAUUAAUGCCGUCCCUUUCAUCAUCACGAUUUUCUGGCCAGACCUAAGAAACCUGUUUAUUCCUGUGUUUUUAAAUUGUUGGCUGGCAAAACAUGCUUUAGAGAAUAUGAUUAAUGAUCUUCAUAGAGCCAUCCAACGCACACAGUCUGCAAUGUUUAACCAAGUCCUCAUUUUAAUAUCUACCUUACUAUGUCUUAUCUUCACUUGUAUUUGUGGAAUUCAGCAUCUGGAACGAGCAGGAAACAGGUUGACUCUCUUUGACUCCCUUUAUUUCUGCAUAGUGACAUUUUCCACUGUGGGCUUUGGGGAUGUUACACCCAAGAUAUGGCCUUCAAAGCUGCUUGUUGUCAUUAUGAUCUGUGUUGCUCUUGUGGUGUUGCCCAUACAGUUUGAACAGCUGGCAUAUUUGUGGAUGGAAAGACAGAAGUCUGGUGGUAACUACAGUCGACAUAGAGCUCAGACAGAAAAACAUGUUGUGCUGUGUGUUAGCUCUCUGAAGAUUGACUUACUUAUGGAUUUCUUAAAUGAAUUCUAUGCUCAUCCCAGAUUGCAGGACUAUUAUGUUGUUAUUUUGUGUCCUGCUGAAAUGGAUGCUCAGGUCCGAAGGGUGUUACAAAUCCCAAUGUGGUCUCAAAGAGUUAUCUACCUGCAAGGCUCAGCACUAAAAGAUCAAGACCUGUUGAGAGCUAAAAUGGAUGAUGCUGAAGCUUGUUUCAUUCUGAGUAGCCGCUGUGAGGUGGACCGGACAGCAGCUGAUCAUCAAACCAUUUUAAGAGCUUGGGCAGUUAAAGACUUUGCUCCCAACUGUCCUUUGUAUGUGCAAAUACUGAAACCUGAGAAUAAAUUCCACAUCAAGUUUGCAGAUCACAUUGUGUGUGAAGAGGAAUUCAAAUAUGCUAUGCUAGCUCUAAAUUGUAUAUGCCCAGCAACCUCUACAUUAAUCACUCUGCUGGUUCAUACAUCUAGGGGACAAACAGCCCCAUGGGAAGCUUUUAGACAACUAACUGGAACCAAGCAGAUUUUUAACAGGGAGAGCCAGCAAUCACCAGAACAAUGGCAGAAAAUGUAUGGCAGAUGCUCUGGUAAUGAAGUGUAUCAUAUUAACCUGGAAGAAAGCGUGUUUUUUGCUGAGUAUGAGGGGAAAAGCUUCACAUAUGCUUCUUUCCAUGCACAUAAAAAGUUUGGAGUCUGUCUGAUUGGUAUUAGAAAAGAAGAUAAUAAAAACAUUUUGCUGAAUCCAGGUCCUCGAUAUAUCAUGAGUUCUACAGAUAUAUGCUUUUAUAUAAAUAUCACCAAAGAAGAAAAUUCUGCUUUUAAGAAGCAAGAAAAGCACAGAAAGAAACAUGAAUCAAAAUUAUCUUACCAUGGAGCUUCUAGGCUACCUGUACACAGUAUAAUAGCUGGCAUGGGGACAGUGGCUAUUGAUUUACAAGAUGCUGGAUGCCGAAUGUCCAGUGGACCUACACUAGCUCUUCCUUCUGAGGGAGGUAAAGAAGGCAGACGGCCCAGUAUAGCACCUGUUUUGGAGGUUGCAGACUCAUCGUCACUUCAAACAUGUGACCUGUUAAGUGACCAGUCGGAAGACGAAACUACCCCAUCAGACGAAGAAGUCUCUGCAGGCUUAGAGUAUGCCAAAGGUUAUCCUCCUUACUCUCCAUAUAUUGGAAGCUCUCCCACAUUUUGUCAUCUUCUGCAUGAAAAAGUACCCUUCUGUUGUCUAAGACUAGAUAAGGGGUGCCAACAUAACUAUUAUGAAGAUGCUAAAGCUUAUGGAUUCAAAAAUAAAUUGAUCAUAGUUGCAGCAGAAACUGCUGGAAAUGGCUUAUAUAACUUUAUUGUUCCACUCCGAGCUUAUUACCGACCAAAGAAAGAACUGAAUCCCAUUGUAUUGCUCCUGGAUAACCCGCCAGAUAUGCAUUUUCUGGAUGCAAUCUGUUGGUUUCCAAUGGUUUACUACAUGGUGGGCUCUAUCGACAACCUAGAUGACUUAUUAAGAUGUGGGGUCACCUUUGCAGCUAAUAUGGUGGUGGUGGACAAAGAAAGUACAAUGAGUGCCGAGGAAGACUACAUGGCAGAUGCUAAGACUAUUGUAAAUGUUCAGACACUCUUUAGGUUGUUCUCAAGCCUAAGCAUUAUCACAGAACUAACUCACCCAGCCAAUAUGAGAUUCAUGCAGUUCAGAGCCAAAGAUUGCUAUUCUCUUGCUCUAUCCAAAUUAGAAAAGAAAGAGCGGGAGAAAGGAUCUAAUCUGGCAUUUAUGUUUCGACUGCCUUUUGCUGCCGGUAGGGUUUUCAGCAUCAGUAUGUUGGAUACUCUGCUUUAUCAGUCAUUUGUGAAAGAUUAUAUGAUUUCUAUCACAAGGCUUCUGCUGGGACUCGAUACCACACCAGGAUCUGGGUUUCUUUGUUCUAUGAAAAUCACAGAAGAGGAUCUAUGGAUUAGGACAUAUGCCAGACUAUAUCAGAAACUUUGUUCUUCUACAGGAGACAUUCCAAUUGGAGUCUAUAGGACAGAAUCCCAAAAGCUUACAACAUCCGAGUCACGAGAAAUGGCCUCCCAGUCUCAAAUCUCUAUCAAUGUGGAAGAAUGGGAAGACACUAAAGACACCAAAGAACAGAUUAGUUAUCGUAGCAAUCAUCGUAACUCGACAUCCAGUGAUCAGUCUGAUCAUCCCUUGUUGCGACGAAAAAGCAUGCAAUGGGCCCGACGGCUGAGCAGAAGAGCACCAAGACACUCUGGUAGAACAGCUGAAAAGAUAAACCAGCAGCGAAUGAACCUUUACAAGAGGUCAGAAAGACAGGAACUUGCUGAACUUGUGAAAAACAGAAUGAAGCAUCUGGGCCUUUCUCCAGCAGGAUAUGAUGAAAUGAAUGAUCAUCAGAACACCCUUUCCUACAUCCUGAUCAAUCCUUCUCCAGAUACAAGAUUAGAGCUGAAUGAUAUAGUAUACUUGAUCCGACCUGAUCCAUUGGCUUAUGCUCCAAAUACUGCACCCAGCCGAAAAGACAGCUUCUGCAAUACAGUGGGACAAGACACCAGGGAGGAGACACAACUAUGAUAUGUAACUCGUUGCAAAAUUAAGAGACAAUUUUAUACACAUGUUGUUUCCACUAACCAUUUUGAAAACUGUGUGGUACAUUUUAUUCAGAUUUUGGAAGCAAAAUGAAAAUGGAUAAGUGACCAAAUUUAGCAAUGUGGUGUCUAGAAACUCUGAUUUAAGGAUUGUCAGGCUGUGGCCUGUUCAAUAUGUUAGUUGAACUUCAUCAGCUUAACAUAAUAAUGACACCUGUUACUACUUAACCAAGAUGAACAAAUUAGUUUAAAAGUGACAGAUUUCAUCAUGUGUUUUGCUUAGACGCUUCUAAGCAUAUUUAUCAAGGUGUCAGCAUGUUGGUGACUAAGCCUCUGACCUACAUCAGUAAAGAUUAUCUGAUCCCCACUAGAGAGGCCAUGCAUAAUUUGUAGUAGAAAAAUAAUGUUACUACCUAAAGGUGCCAACAAGGCUUUGCAUGUCAAGAAUCCAGCCUUUUCAGUCUCAGCCUGUCAUCCAUUUAUAUUAGAACAGCCUAGUGUCAGUCCCCUCUUAGCCCUCAGGACCUGAGUGUUAGUUCUCUGGGUUUACACAGAUCAUGUUGUAAUGGCAUAGCCUCAUCACAUCUCAGAGGCUGAGAUCUGAGGCAUAGCCACUGAAAGAUUAGCUCAGAGGAGCCCACCUGGUGGAAAGUCCCUAUCUCACCCAGGCAACCCCUAUAUUUGCAAAAGUGAUCUGUGUGAAGCUGCAAGCAAUGGCAGAUGAGGUGAAAUAUAACCCUUUUAAUAUUAGUGAGUUUGCCAGAAGCCUGAAUAGAUUAUGAUACAAAAGUGAGAGUAUCCCCCUAGGGAACAAUUCAUAACACACGUCCUUCCCAUUUCCAUGAAUAUGCCAGAACUGCAAAUGUCCCCAGUCAUUCAUACUGUCCAAAUGUGGUAUAUUUUCAUAUGAAAUUAUGUAUCACAUUGAAAACUAAAGAAAUCUUUAACCCAUUCCAUAAAACAAAUGUAAUACCACAUUUAAAAGCACCAUGGAUUUGAAGACUCUAUUUUGGCAUCAAGUACACAAGAAAGCAUUUGCUACUGUAUGAAACAUCUGAAGCUGCUACAGAAUCUCUAGUCAACACAUACCAGAGUGCCAAAAUUGGUCAAGUUUUCUACAGAAUUAAGCAUGCCUGUACAUUGUUUAUAUUCUUUUAUAUAUUAUUUGGUAGAACAAUAACUUUUUUUUUUUUCUGAAAAAUAAAAAACCCAGUUGCCCAGUGACCAACUCAUGGAUGUGAGUAUGCUUAUCAGCAUUGUAAGGAUGUUGAAAUCAAGGCACGUUCAUAUUAUCAAUGACAGCAAAUCUGCUAUUUCUUCCUCUUAAUUCUUCCAAAACUUAAUUAGCCUGUUCCAUAUUAAGGCAGAAACCCUAAGCUAUGAUUAUAAAAAACCAGAGUGGACUGAAGCCGUCAGUCAGUCAGAUGAUGUGCUUUCAGCGUGAUUCACACACUGUUCAUAGGCAUUCUCAGCCUAUAGUAGCCACCAGAGAUUCAAGGACUCUCUGCCACAAGUAUCUUUAGCCACAACUUGAUGCCAGACAUUUAACAGCUUGUAAAGCAGUAGAAGCAAGCAGUCAAGUGUAUCCAUUUUCCCACACAACUCAGCAGAAUUGCUGCUCAGCUAGACUUGAAUAGUAGCAUUUAAUGUGACCUGGUAUUUCUCCAGGCUUAAUGAAUUUCUGAUUGCUCAUUAGCCCCAGAAGAUUUGCUAAAGCAAGCACAAAGACAGCUGGAGGCACUCGCAGUCUUUAAAUUGAAUGAAAGACAAUAUUUCUGAGCACAAUACUUGGUUCACUUCAAGCUGGAAGGCAAGCAAGGUAAUAAAAACUAACAAUGGUUUCUUAUGAAGCAGAAGUCAUAAUCCAUGAAUAAUCCAUGAACAACAUACCACAAAGUUCUAUUAUUCAAAAUAUACUGCCUUUCAUGUUGAAAGCAGAACAACUUCGCUUCCUCCAACAUAUCUUCACAGACAGAUCCCAUUCCAGGGGAUUUAGACGUUUCAAGAACUAUCCUGAGCACCUCUACAGUAACACUGAAUGGGACAGUACACUCAUUCCUUCGGUGGCCAGGAAGGCAGUUCUUUGCCUGUUGUGUGACCAUUAAUCUUAUGUUCACAUGCUUUCUACUUAUCACAAUCAUCACAAACAUAAUACAAGUCUAGAUGGACUGGAAACCAUUUUGAGGAAGAGUAAUCUCAAUGCUCGGUUCUGGAGAAGUGAUGAAGCUCUAGAAUCAAGAGGUCCAAAUGCCUGUUGAAGAGAGUAGUUUUAUCUGGUCAUAGUUCACUCAGAAGGCAGAGAAAUUUAGAGCUAUGAUCACCAGCAUAACCAAGAAAUUUAAUUCUUAACCAGUUGUUAAAAGAUGGCCAGACAACCUAUGUUUGUUUCUCUCAGUCAAAAAAACUUUGGACAAUUUCAGUCUGUGUUUAACUGAAUGUAAUUUUUGCCUCCUGACUCACUUCUAUCCAUAACUUUAAGACGCCCAUCUUCCCCAACACUACUUUAACAUAUACCAAGCCUUCUGCUACCCAAAGACACAAUCCCAGUGAAGGAAGUGAUAACAGGUAGUAAUUACUUCAUUCUCACAAGGGAAUUCUCCAGCAAAGCGAGACCUACCUCUGAAAACUGUCUGCAAUAAAAAGGUCACAAAAAGCGUUUCAGUGGAAUGCAGUAUUUCUUUUACUAUCUCAUUCCAGUUCCAGAACACACAUUAAUUCACAUGCAAAUUAGAAUGCACACAGUUUUAGUUUUUAAAACCUGCAGUAGAAUGAGUCAGUGAAGUUUUCAUGACAUUUUGACUUGGAAAAGAACAGCUAUUUCCCAGUAUAUAUAUUUCCCCUCCCACAAACAGCUUUCUACUACAACUCUUCAAAAACUUUAAAGUGUACAAAUAUAUAUAUUACUGACUAUUUCUUAUACAUCUUUGUUUACUAAUGCACCAAUGAAAUGCUAAGGAACAAACAGAUUUAAUGCUUCAGCAGCAGAAGAAAACCGAAAUGACAUCAAGUGCACCAGAAGUAGCACACAAAUCUGUAGUUUCUUGGCAGCUAGGGCUGAGAGCAACCGUUCUGCACUUUUGGAGUACUAAUACAAAAGGUUUUGCUCCGUUGAAUUCCACUUGAUGCCUGAGGGAAAUCAGUCACUACUAUCUGGAAAUAAAUUAAUAAAAACAAGCAGCAGUGUGUAGUGACAUCAAGUUGUACAAGUUUAUAAAAAAUGCUUUUUCAAGGCAGUGAUAUAAAUACAGAAUUAUAAAAUAAAGCAAUCUGCAUAAAUUAUUGUUUUCUAUUCUUGUUAUUGUAUUAGAAACAGCCCACUCCACUUUAAAAGAGACACACCUUGAAUA